AUGGGACAGACAGGACUCCAUUUUCUGUCAGGCAUGUCUGCCAGGUGUUUCCUGUUCCUGUGUGUGCUUUGUGUUCUCUGUGUGUCUCUGUGUAAUGGGGCAUGUGCAGAGGUGGAAUCAGACACUGAAGCAGUAGCAGGAAAAGGCUUUAAAUUGGGCUGCAUUUCCUGCAAGAAGAGAGGAGAGGUGGAGGCCAGCGCUAUCGUCAACUGGUACUUCAGGGCUAAGGGAGAGAUUGACUUUGUACAUAUCUAUAACUAUGAUAGCGAGACCUCUAUCAUAAUUGAUGAACGCUUCGAAGACCGCGUGGACUGGAAUGGCAGUAGAAAGACCAAUGACCUGCAGGAUGGCUCCAUCUAUAUCCACAACGUGACCUUUAAUGAUUCAGGAGUGUACCGCUGCUGCUUCCACCGAACCCUCACGUUUGACCCCUAUGUGUACGAAACUAACGUCACCAAGUUUGUGCACCUCACUGUGGUGCCCAAAGCAACGCGCGGCACGGCCUCCAUUGUUUCGGAGGUAAUGAUGUAUGUGUCAAUCAUCGGGCUGCAGCUGUGGCUGUUGGUGGAGAUGAUCUAUUGCUACAGAAAGAUUGCUGCGGCCGGUGAUGAGGCCCUCAGAGCCAGCGCAGAGGAGUAUUUAGCGAUAGCAUCGGAAAACAAAGAUAACUGCGCAGGAGUUCAGGUGGCAGAAUAACAGAGG